CCUUUGUUCCCUAACAUAUCCUGUGACAACCUUCAUGUCGUAUCAUCCCCAACAUCAACCCCGCAAAAAAGAAUAAUGACAGAGAGAAGACGCAGGCUCCUCCAAUGGACUUUUCGAUCCUUUCUGAUAAUUUGCGCGGUAGCAAUUUCAGUGUAUGUAAUAUACCGCGGGCGCUGGGCGCUCCUUUACGCCGUGACUGGGAAAGCGAGAGCAAAACUUAUCAAGAAACCUCCUGAACAUCCGGGCCAGGAGCCCAUUCCCAUCAUAGACGACAAGACCUCCAAACCAAAACACCGAACAGUGGACUGGAACGGCAAAGAACGACUGAUCUGGUUUGCUCUUUUUCUCAUUGCCUGCUGUCCCAUGAGCAUGUGUCUAGGUUUCUUGGUAGCUGGAUCGUACUACAUACACAAGUACGUCAAACUUCGAGAACAGAAGAAAGUGGAGGAAGCAAAGAGGAGAUUGAGCCGUCUUCCUGAAACAAAAGUACCCGUUGUCGUCAAUCCUGAUCCUGUUCCUCAACCAAGGCAAAGCGUACAGCCACCCACUGCCACUCCUCCUAUUCCAACUAUCACCAUUUCUUCCACCCGAUAUGAAGAUAUUCCUUCUUCUCUCCCGGAACCGGUCCCAAAAAGGACUUCGGUGGGUUUCAGACAAUCAGCCGCCAAAUACUACGAAGAUAUGAGGUACAAAUGGACCCCCAACCCUGGUUAUAUUGGUACAGAACAGAGGCACACCAAUUUCCAAAGUGAUGAAAAGGAAGGAUUCCAGAUGGCCGAGUUGAAGGGAGGCAACGGCAGUGAUACACUGGCGCCUCGCGGUGCGAAUUUGAACGCUACCAACGAAGAUGGCGGAAAUACAAAGAAUGGGCGAGGGGGUAACAGGAAUACUGCAAUGACUGAGUUUCCUAUGCUUUUCUAAUUCGUAUUGUCUAUAAGUGCAUAAUGAUUUCCAUGCGUUUAGUGGAGCUGGUAUGCGUUGUUUACGUGUCUC